CAAUGUCCAAAUGCAAAUGGAUCAAAAUUCAAAAAUAAUAAUUGAAAGGGAGGGCAUGCAGCUUGAGAUGGUGCUAGUGCCUUUGGGUAUGGGUGUCCUUUUGUCCUACCAUUUUUGGCUUCUCUUCACCAUUUUAAACAACCCUAGAAGAACUGUCAUUGGUCUCAAUGCUGAGAGCCGCCACAAAUGGGUUUUCUGCUUGAUGGCUGAUCCACUGAAAAACGGUGUUUUGGCGAUUCAAACACUACGCAACAACAUAAUGGCGUCGACACUUUUGGCCACAACAGCAAUCACACUAAGCUCGUUAAUAAGUGUGUACGUGGGCAACAACCAGACAAGUAGCUCUUCCUCCUCUGGAUUAAUAUUAUUAAUGGAGUAUAAAUCUUCGAGCGUGUCGUCUGUGAAGUUCUUUGCUAUCUUAGUAUGCUUUCUUGUUGCCUUUCUUUGCAAUCUGCAAUCCAUUAGGUACUAUGCACAUGCUAGCUUUCUUCUCACCGUGCCGAUAUACAGAGACAGAAAAGAAGCUAUUGAGUAUGCAGCAACAAACCUGAAUAGAGGAGGCUUCUUUUGGUCACUUGGCCUACGAGCGUUCUACUUGUCCUUCCCUCUCUUCUUGUGGGUUUUCGGAGCAAUUCCCAUGUUUUUAUGUUGCUGUGUAAUGUCAAUUGUUCUCUAUUUCUUGGACACGAGUUCGAGCUUCACAAGGGAUCUUUACGAUCAUACUACUAGUGUUGAAGACAUGGAAUCAAGUAUUGAUCGCCAAACGUUAUUGCUAUAAAGAGAUUUAAAAUAUGUCAUCCUCAAAAAGCAUGUUUUGUUUGUGGAGAUGUUUUUUUCUUUGCUAAUGUCUCAUAUUUUAAGAUCUCCGGUUGUUCUUGUAAAAUGGCCUUUAAUUCUACGGUUUUAUGCACAAUUUUCUCUUAAUGACAUUACUCUCUUGGGUGCUUCUAAGCUCAGAUACCCCCAAUUCUAUCUCACAUGAAAUAUCCCUUAAUAGCUUUAAACAAGAAAUAUAGGUAAAAACAAAAUAAUUCGAGCAAUUA